AUGGCGACUGUGUCCAAGAAGGCUCUGGCGGUAGCGGCUUUUGUCGCGAUGGCCGUGCUGGCCCCGCCCGUGGCCGCGCUGGUGCCGUACGGCCUGAGCGGCGGGCUAUGGGACCUGCUCGACGACCCGUUCCGGGUGCUGGAGCAGACGCCGCUCGCGGUGUCCUCCAGGCCGGCGUCGGCCAGCAGCCAGACGGGGGCAAUCUCCCCGGCGGUGGCGCUGGCGAGGUGCGACUGGAAGGAGACGCCCGACGCGCACGUCAUCUCGCUGGACGUGCCCGGGGUGCGGCGGGACGACGUGAAGGUGGAGGUGGAGGACAACCGCGUGCUGCGGGUCUCCGGCGAGCGCAGGGCGGACGAGGAGAAGGAGGGCGAGCGGUGGCACCGCGCCGAGCGCGCUGCGGGGAGGUUCUGGCGCCGGUUCCGCAUGCCUGCCGGCGCUGACGUCGACCGCGUCGCCGCGCGCCUGGAGGACGGCGUGCUCACCGUCACGGUGCCCAAGGUCGCCGAGCACCCCAGGCGGGAGCCCCGCGUCAUCAGCAUCGCUGGGGAGGACGCCAACAGCGGUGGCAAGGGCGCGGAGGUCAGGACGUCGAAGGCCGAUGUGUGA